GUUAUCGACUGUUCUACUUACGAGGAGAUGCUGCGAAACAUAGAAGCUCUGUAUAUCAAACCGAAAAACGAAGUCUUUGAGCGCCAUGUGAUAGCAACAACCAAACAAGAAAAUGGACAGUCAGUCGAUCAGUCUACUCAGAAAUUACGCAGCCUCGCGGUUGACUGUAACUUCUUGUCGGUUUCUGCUGAAAAGCAUCGUGACGAGGCUAUCCGCGACGCCUUCACCACGGGACGAAUGUCUAACAGCAUUUGCCAACGACUUUUGGAGAAGUACAAUCUUGAUAUUCAACAUGCGUUUGAAGAAGCUCGCAUGUUGAAACAAGCUUAG